CCAAUACUUUUGUACAAAUAGUGCACUUUUUGACAGCUCAUACAGGUGACACAGAGUGAUCAUUUUAUUCACUUCACCUCUCAGUGGUUUUAAUGUAGUAGCUAAUGGGUGUUUAAUCCACAUUAUAAUAGUAUUAAGGAUAAAAGAGCUCUGCUAUACAGUAGAUGCAGUUUGAUUGAAAAUCCUUUGCACAGGAAUGAAGUUGUAUUACUGAACCCGGAGUGCAUGGCACAGACAGGUGGUCACGUGACUGUAGCAUCCCGGUGUACUCCGGUACAGUCUAUGGGUAAAGUGCAUUAAUCUCUUUUUCUUUUGCAGCUCAACGUAUCCUCCUGUAGGAAACAGCAUUGGAUCUGAGCGGAUAAAAACCGCUCCGUCUUGCUGAGAGACAUCCGCGGAGCUGGGGGAGCUAACGGGCCUAGCGCUCGCGCGCCCCCCUUUUUAUUUUUUUGACAGCGCGUCUGACGUCAGCGGCUCGCGCUCUCUCCUCUCCGCGGCUCCCGCCCGGACGUGUUGUCUUGGCAACGCGCGUGCGGCGUCGGCGUUACCUGGCGGCUGGCGGAGAAGCGGAAAAAAAAAACCCAGGAAGAUGGAGGAGAAGGUUGGAGAGCCCGACACCGGUAGUGAGACAGGAGGAGAUGAUGCCUUGCUAGGGAAUGUGAGCAAACUGACUGUCACUCCUCCAGGACACACAGGAGCGGCCCGGAAAGGGCACCUUGUCUUUGAUGCCUGCUUUGAGAGCGGUAAUUUGGGCCGCGUAGACUACAUUAAUGAAUUUGAGUUUGACCUCUUCAUCCGACCAGACACAUGCAAUCCUCGCUUCAGAGUCUGGUUUAACUUUACUGUGGAACAUGUCCGGGAGACACAGAGGGUAAUCUUCAACAUUGUGAACUUCAGUAAGACCAAGAGCUUGUACCGAGAUGGGAUGGCUCCGGUGGUGAAGUCUACCAGUCGACCUAAAUGGCAAAGACUGCCCGCCAAGAAUGUGUAUUAUUACCGUUGCCCGGACCAUCGGAGGAACUAUGUGAUGUCCUUCGCCUUCUGUUUCGACCGAGAGGAUGACGUGUACCAGUUUGCCUACUGUUACCCCUACACCUAUUCUCGCCUACAGCACUAUCUGUCCAGCCUUGAGCAAAGAAACCUAGACUACCUAAAGAGUGAGCAGCUGGGUCUCAGCGUGCAACAACGGAAGUUGGACCUCCUUACCAUCACUAAUCCAGCUAACCUGAGCCCAGAGCGAGAGAAACGUGUGGUUUUCCUCACAGCGCGUGUUCACCCUGGAGAAUCACCUGCUUCUUUUAUCUGCCAGGGUGUGAUUGACUUCCUGGUGAGCCAGCACCCUGUGGCACAAGUCCUGCGCGAUCAUGUGGUCUUUAAAAUCGUUCCCAUGCUCAACCCUGAUGGUGUGUACCUAGGCAACUACAGGUGCUCCCUGAUGGGUUUUGACCUGAACCGCCACUGGCAGGAUCCGUCCCAGUGGGCUCAUCCCACUCUGCAUGCUGUCAAACAACUCAUCAUCCAAAUGAACCAAGAUCCAAAAGUAAGUCUGGAGUUCUACAUUGACGUUCACGCUCACUCCACCAUGAUGAACGGCUUUAUGUAUGGUAAUGUGUUUGAGGAGGAGGAGCGUGUACAAAGACAAGCCGUCUUCCCUCGCCUACUGUGUCACAAUGCACCUGACUUCUCUCUUUCUAGUACAUCAUUUAAUCGUGACAUGGUUAAAGCAGGGACAGGACGGCGCUUCCUUGGAGGUCUCCUGGAUGACACAUCGUACUGCUACACUCUGGAGGUGUCCUUCUACAGCUUUCUGACUGCAGGCAGCACCACGCCUAUCCCAUACACAGAGGACAGCUAUAUGAAGCUGGGUAAAAAUGUGGCCCGGACAUUUCUGGAUUAUUACAAACUAAACAGUCUGGUUGAAGACAAUAAAUUAACAAGUCAGUUUAGCAGUCUGGAUGCUGCAGCUGCUGGUCACCAGGGGAGUAACGCUCGGAAAGGAAAGCAUCAAAAUUGGGACAAAAAUGAAAGAAGAUUCCAAGGAGUCAGAGACUAUUGAAGCAAAAUGUCAUACAAGUUUCCAAUCAUGAUUACUCAGUGCUUAUCCGACACUGAUGAAAAGGAAUUUACUUUACAAUCAGUUUCUGGGCUCUACAAUAAUAACUCACCUGUUAUGUUCUUAACUCUCUAUAAAAUGCUAUGGUAUUGACUGUUGUAAUGUCAGAUAUUUGUUUCCUUUGGUUUCUUUUUGCCUUUUUAAAAUACCAGGAGUAUGUUUCUUGUGGUUUUGGUGUUAAGCUUUAUUUAUUGCUUUGAAGUGAUUGCAUGUAUUACAUUAGGGUUUGGGUAGAAGUCAGACUUUCUGACUUGAGUCCAAGUACAUAAAGAUUAUCAGUAAAAGAAAAACGUGAUUAUUGCAUAUGAUAUCUGUAUUCAAUCUACUUUAUUUAAUAAGAGAGUCAUUACAUUAAGUUUUUCUUUUUUUAAAACAAAAACUCUUAAUUUCAUAACUCAUUUGGAACUAUGUACAGUACGCACUGCUUAACUUUUUUUUCCACAGUAGUAUUGCAUAGCAUUGGCACUGGUACAGACAAUGCCACAGAUCUGGAGAAAGCUGUCCAUGGUUUCUGCAUCAAUGAUCACAAACGAAUUCAAUAUUUUGCAAAAUAGUGCAAAAAUAGGCGACGCCAACCACUGUGUUCUGUCGAGCAGCAUUCUCUCCACAGUUCUGUGCGAAAAACCAUUAAAAUAAUUCACGACUGAGUUCACCUAAACAAAAGACUAUUCCCCCGCUUGAGAUCUGACAUUUUCAUGAAAAUGUUAUGAAUUUUAAAAAAUAUAUAUGAUUUGAUAUGUUUCAGAGAGCAGUCAUUGUAUUUAUGCUUACAUUCCUAAAUAAAUAUUUUGAGCAUUA